GAACUUACCAACAGAGUCUCAGCUAAAAGGCUGAGAACUGAAGAAGCCCCAGAGACUGCUCAGCCCUUGGACCAGACGUACCUCUCCUUCCAGGACAGAAGCAGGAGUCAAACAGCGAGAGUCAGCAUGCUUGCUGAGGACUUUUUUGCACGGGCUGGGUGGUAGAUGCUGCCAGAGGAGAGAGAAGGGGUUUCGAUAUCACUUUCUUUGAAGAAGGCCUUCUUCACUUCAAGACUGCACCUACAAAUAUGAAGCUGCUCUGGAUCAUCCUGUUCCUACUAGUGCAAGGCACAGAUGGUUUUCUGAUUAAAAAUACUCAAGUCAACCUGUGUCUACAAGCAAGUACAACAGAUGAGAACUUACUGUUAGAGGACUGUAAUUCUACUUCCAAGUCCCAACACUGGUUUUGGCAAGACAAUGCCUUAGUCAAUCGUGGCACGAGGAAAUGUCUAUCUGUGGCUGAGGUCAACAGAGUACAGACGAGUCUCUGUGACAGUGCAGCACUUGUAAACUGGGACUGUUUUAAUUUCUGGCUUCAACCUAUGGGAAUCCAGAAAUACCUGGCAGUAAAAAAGAAAAAAGCUGUUCUCACUGAUACACAAAGCCCAAACUCCCAGUGGCGAGCCAGAAGGGAGCGGAGUGUAUGUGAUGAGAGACCAGCAAAGACAGAAAGAAGCAGAUAUACCCCUAUGGCUCUUGCAAACACAGGCGAGAUGGAGGGCGACACCACCCCUGCAGCGUCUCUGUCUCAAGAACAGCUGAACGAUUUGCUGUGGUUUUUCCGGAGAGAAGAUUCGUCAACAUGGAAUUACUCCAUCCUAGCCCUCUCCUUUUUGGUUCUAUGUCUGGGUCUUCUCCUCCUGGGGAUGAAUGUUACAGCCAAUAGGAAGAGGAAGAUCCUCCUGUAUAAAAAAGCUGCAGAAGCCACGCUGUCAGCAGAAACAGGAGUCAAGCAGGUCUUCAUGCCUGUGAUGGAACAGAGCGACUUGAACCCUUUAACCCAGGAUUUGCUUCCAAAAGAGCAGAAGCCUGGAGACGUGCUGGUGCAGUGGAGGGAUGGGACGGUUACAGCUCUGUACGCAGACAACUCUGAGGAUGUGUGAGAGUGGGCGCAGUCAAUGCGGAAACAGCUCAACCCUAGAAGGCCAUUUCAGAAGUAUCGUGCAUCUCAAUUGACCUUGAAAGCCAGCACAGUGCAUUGAACAGAACAAAACGGAGAGCAGAGGAGGUUCCUUAGCAUAACAGCUCUAGGCUCAGAUACAGGCUGACCCACACCUUUCCCCCCUGGUUUUGAUUGCCAUACAGCCUGAUCUUUGCUCUCUGUUGUCAGCCGGCUCCAGGGAUACUUCAACAUGCCAGUUUUGCCCACCCUGUCCCAGCUGUCGCCUACCUCCAUUGCAUGAAACCAAGCCAGAAAGGGGAGGUGGGAGGCUUUUACUGUAGUCAGCCGAGCAAUGUGCCUUUCACAAGAACUCUGGGAAGAAUCCCCGAGAAAAUGGUGCAGCUAAGCAGAGGAGCUCAAAUUAUUCAAGUUGCCUUUAUCAGCAUAUUGUCCAAAGGGGUUCACAUUGUAUAAUUGGAUAUAUGCGACUCUACUCUGCAGACGAGUGCAAUUCCAGACAGCAGCAGAGCAGUUACUGUCCCAAACUGUAUAUAAAAAUACCCCCCAAAAGUCAAUAAAACACACUAUCUUUCCUAAGGAAA